AUGCUCAUCGGCAUCUGCGGCAGCAUAUGUGCUGGCAAGAGCACGGUGGCCCAGUACCUGGUGGAAUGCCAUGGCUUCACCCGCCUCUACAUUGGCUGUGAGGGGAGUGCCGCAGACGCCUCGCCGGUGAGCUCGACGUCCUCACCGACUGUCUUUCCGUCUGCCGGGACGCUGCUGGACUUUGUCACCACCCGCUGGCGCGAGCGCUGGGUGACCACAGACGUUGCCGGCGAGGCCACGCUGGACGUCCUCGUCGGCCGGCCCUUCUUUCUGCUCAUCAGCGUCGACGCCCCCCUGGCGGUGCGGUGGCGCCGAGCCCAGGCACGGGCGGUGAAGAGCGGAGGAGGCAUUGCCGACGAGGACUCUGUCUCGCUGGACGACUUUGUCGUGCAGUCGGACCUCGAGCUGUACGGCGGCGGCGACGCUAAGCACCCGCCGCUGCUUCCAGUCAUGGCCCGAUCAGCCAUGCGGCUCGUCAACGGGGCGCCUGGCGGGUUCUCUGAGGCGUCACAGGAGCCUGUUACAGGGCCUUCUUCUUCUUCUUCCUCGGCUCUCUCGGCUUCCCCGACGCCUGCUCUACCGUCCUCAGCUGCAUCGCCCCCCACCAUGGCCACGUUGUUUGCUGCGCUUGAAAAGGCGGGUCUGACAGCCGCCGGCGUCGAGCAACUUCUCCGCCCUUCAUGGGACCGCUACUUCAUGUCACUGGCGUCGCUGGCCGCCCAGCGCAGCAACUGCAUGAAGCGUCGAGUCGGCUGUGUGCUCGUGCGUGAGCACCGCGUCGUCAGCACCGGAUACAACGGCACGCCCCGUGGCCUGCGCAACUGCGGCGAGGGCGGCUGUGGUCGCUGCAACGGAGGUUUUGGUGCUGGCCUCAGCCUGGCCACCUGUCUCUGUCUGCAUGCGGAAGAGAAUGCGCUGCUGGAGGCCGGCCGCGAACGCAUCCCGACGGCGUCGCUGGCCAACACCAUCCUCUACUGUGAUACGUGCCCCUGUCUGACGUGCAGCAUCAAGAUCGUGCAGGUCGGCAUCGGCGAGGUCGUCUACAGCCAGGGCUACAGCAUGGACGCAGACACGGCUGCCGUCUUUCGCGAGGCUGGCGUACAGCUGCGGCAAUUCGUGCCACCGGCACAAGGCCUGAUUCACUUGGAGAAGAUCGAGUUGUGA